UAAAACGCUAUCGCUAUCUCGCUUGCGCCCUGUAGCGCGCGCGCUGGCGAGGCAUGGUGUGUGGUGAUGGGCUGUGACCGCCUUGGUUUUCCUCGUAAUUGCUCGCCGUUCAUCAGCGCCGUCGGUCGUCCGGGUCGGGAUUUCCUAUCCAAAAGCGAUAACGGAAUAGGUUCCGUUCUUUUUUGUAUUAAUAUUCUGUGCACGAAAAAAAAAAACCAGUGGCCAUAAUUCGUGAAUCACAGUUAGAAUCAAGAAAAGUGUCCCAUCGGUCCCGGUGUCUGGAACUUCUUGCCGACAAACGGAAAGCGUUGCAGAAAGUGUCGUCAUUUGGCCGAUAGAGCAUGGUCAGCAGCGAACAGGCCCUAUAGGCCCCCCGCACCCGCACCGGGUGAUUGCUUGCAACAGCAAAAGGAAUUACACACAGAGCUAAAAGGAGCAAAUUCCAGUAGGAAAUUGUCGAAGUGAUUGAAGUGAAAAUUUUUCCUCAGUAACCAUCAACGGGCGGUGGUACGGGGUGGUGCGUACACGACGGCGGUCUUUGCGCAAAAUCGACGGAGAAAUCGAGUAGAGCAGCAGUAGCAGGCGGUGACGGUGACGAGCACGACCCUCAACAGUGACAACGUGUGUUCGGGGGGAGACAGAGGAGUGGCCACCGGCUAGAAAAGUGUGACAUUUCGUCAAAAAACACACACACACAUACACGUGGCCAUUGACGUGCGUUUCAUUGCGGCGCCAACAACAGCAUCAACAUGGCUUACGAUGACAUUCUGCAGCACCUCGGUGGCUUCGGGCGGUACCAGCGGCGGAUCUAUGUGCUGCUCUGCCUGCCGGCCAUAUGCUGUGCAUUCCACAAGUUGGCCGGUGUGUUUCUGCUCGCCGUACCCGACUACCGGUGCCAGCUGCCGUACGAGCUGGCAAACGCCAGCUUUUCGUUACCCCAGGAACGCAUCUCCAUGGCCUACCCGAUCGAUACGCUAACGGAGAAGCGCUCGACCUGCACCUAUCUGGACGCGAACUUUACGGAUGCGUACUGGAACAGCGGUACACCGGCGGCCGGCGUACGAUCGUGCGAUCACUGGAUCUACGAUCGUAGCAAGUUCGAGAGCAGCACCGUGACCGAGUGGGAUAUGGUGUGCGAGCGGAGUUGGUUGCGUGCCUCGGCCGAUUCGCUGUUUAUGGUCGGAGUCAUGCUUGGCAGCAUCGGAUUCGGCUAUCUGUCGGACAAGUACGGCCGAAAGCCGAUCUUUUUCGCCUCGCUCGUGCUGCAGGUCAUCUUUGGCGUGCUGGCCGGUAUAGCGCCCGAGUUCUUCACCUACACCCUGGCCCGCAUGGUGGUCGGUGCGACCACCUCCGGUGUGUUUCUCGUUGCGUACGUGAUCGCGAUGGAAAUGGUUGGCCCCAAGGAUCGCCUGUACGCCGGUGUCGUCUGUAUGAUGUUCUUCUCCGUCGGCUACAUGCUAACGGCCGGGUUCGCCUACUACAUCCACGAGUGGCGCAUGCUGCAGAUUGCCCUCACGCUGCCGGGCGUGCUGUUCCUCUGCUACUGGUGGUUCAUCCCGGAAUCGGCCCGAUGGCUGCUGUCGAACGGACGCCCAACGGAAGCGAUCAACCUGAUCGAACGGGCAGCACGGUCCAAUGGAUUGACGGUACCGCAGGAAGCACUGGAUAAGCUGCUGGAGGAAGACAAGGCAACGAAUCAGGCCCAGGAGGAAUCGAACGAGGCCAAACCAUCGCUGCUCGAUAUCUUCAAGUACCCCAAUCUGCGCCAGAAAGCGAUGCUCAUCUUCUUCGAUUGGUUCGUCAACAGCCUCACGUACUACGGGCUGUCUUGGAACACCAACAAUCUGGGUGGUAAUCCGUUGCUGAACUUUGUCAUCAGUGGUGCGGUCGAGAUACCGGCUUACUCGUUCCUGCUACUCACUCUGAACCGCUGGGGUCGCCGGACAAUUCUGUGCGGCUGCAUGAUCUUUGCCGGUACGAUGCUGCUCGCAACCAUGGCCGUACCACAAUCGCAACAGUGGCUGAUCGUUGUGCUGGCCAUGCUGGGCAAGAUGGCCAUCACGUCGAGCUACGGCACGGUGUACGUGUUCUCGGCCGAACAGUUCCCGACCGUUAUACGCAAUGUAGCACUCGGUGCCUCGUCGACCAGUGCCCGUGUCGGCGGGAUACUCGCACCGUACUUCAACCUGCUCGGCGACUACUGGCAACCGUUGCCACUGCUCAUCUUUGGUGCCCUCGCUUUCAUCGGUGGUGUGUUGUCGCUGCUCCUACCGGAAACCCACAACCAGAAGCUCCCGGAAACGAUAGCGGACGGUGAAAACUUUGGCAAACGGAAAACGCUUCCACCGGGAACGAACGGUGGUGGCAUCGGGAUCGGUGGUGGUGCGGACGUCGAGCGGACGGCCGAGGAGCUGCAAGAGCUCAGCAAACCGGUAGACCAGCAGUCCUCGGUCGAAGAGGGCAAAGAAAAGUAUUAACUGCUUAGGCUUUAGUGUUGAGUCCCCCGGACACAAUCCGCGCAAGAAGAAACCAGCAGAAACUAGACAGAAAGGGGGAAAGGGCGAGUGUCUCGAACCCGACGGACAGACGGACGGACGAAAGAUUUCCCCUGAAAAUCGUACGAGAGAUCGGAUGAUUCUGCAAAAGGAGGCCCCCUUUUUCUCCUUCCAAUCGCGGCCACGUAUUCUCUGUUCUUCCUCUUUUUCUCUUCCUUUUCUCUCUCUCUCUCUUUUUCCACCCUGUCUCUUUGUGUGAAUCCUUUUUCAUUUGGCCACACAGCAGGCGCUACCAUCCCUUGUCAAGCGGAUCGCCUCAUACUUGUAGUUCCCAUUACUCAUAAUUAGAGGUCCGGGCGGACGUGGGGCUUACUUGGAGCCAGGAGUCUGCCGCUAAUUCCCCGUAUUUUCGGCAGCCUUUUUCAAGUGCUGCACAUGAGGAUGUGGUGCGCAUGUCCGUCCGACACGCAACACACGGUGGCUGGGGAAGAGCGAGGAGAAGCGUUAAGCACGUGAAAUUAUACGGCAUUACUCAUACUCUGCUUGGUGUUGGUAUCCGCUCAGCAGGAAUCCGUAACCGGCCGUUUUUUUUGCCGGUUUAAGAUGAUUGUACUUAUACCUCACGUCAACCUUUUUUUAUGUUUUUUUUUCAUGUAUUUUCGUUGCUUUUAAGGCAAAUUACGACUUCGUUGUAGGUAUGAAAUGUGAUUCUGUACUUAGCAAUGCUUCAUUCGAGCAGUUGUGUGUGGCUUAUCGCUCACACAAAUCUCAAUCAUGUGGACCAACUUUUAGAUUCCAUUGCAUUUGUUAUGCCAUGUGGCGUAGGGUGAACUUCCCGGCCCCCCGGGCACACUAUCAGUGCACAGACUGAUUGCGUGCCGGUGUAGGUAUAGAGCGACAGAAGUAGAAGUAACUGAUCAAAGGGACUGAUCGAGGAAUCGAUCGUAUAGAGCAUUCGUACAUGAGCUACGCAAGACCUCACUAUGCGGUAUGUUAUUUUCAUAAGAAAAGGAGUAGAGAACAAACAGACACGGGUUUUCACGUGACUGGCGGCGGUGGCGCAUCGCUGAUUACCCCAGAGGUGACAUAAAUUGUGAAAACUAUUUUUAUGUCCCACAUCGCGUCACGGACUGGCACAGAUUCACAAAAACAGAGGAAAUGUGAGAGAGAGAGAGAGUGUCUGAGAGAGGGCGCGAGAAGGAUGGGCCUCAGUUCCCAGAAGAGGUGUUAAACAGACAGCCACUGGUUGUUGCCAACAGUUUGAGUUCAAUUUUCUCUUUAAUGUUUGUCGCUUUCUGUCUCUAUACGACUCUCUGAUUUACUGACAGACAUUGCAGACGAAAGAAAAGGCCAUUCGAUAUGCGGUCAAGGAAGAAGGAGGCUUGGUCUCAGGAUGGUGAUGAUCAUGUGCACAAACGCACAUCUCUCGCGAUCAGUCAGUGAUAUGACAUGAAGAGAAACAACGGCGACAAGGUGAUGAGAGGGUCUUUCUUAAAAUGAGAAAAAGCAUCAAGCGCAGCAUUGAUGCUUUGAGCAGAAAGAGGAGCCAGAGUAUCGAGGAAUAUCAUUCAUUAUCCCUAGGGCCCUUUGUUUGCUAGGCCAGGCCACAAUGGGUCUGUCUAAAUGGCGUAUUAUCCUCGGUUCACUACAAUGGCGGCAGUUGGGAUGCUUUCAAAUGCCACUUGCUCUCCUUGCACUUUAAUCACCCAGACGCAUCUCCAAUCAUAUAACACUGGACAUUCCAAAAUUAGUUUAAGAUUUAAAGGCGCUUAAGAAGGUAUAACAUGUCGUCUCUUGUCUAGAGACGAGACGACUUAAAGUGUAGAACUUAUUGUUUAAGACUUUUCAAUGCUUAACCGAGAGAAACACAGGGGUAGACUAAGGAGAAAUGAACCAACAAAUAUGACUAAAAAUCGUUUCAUUUAGAACUUGGACGCAAUGCAUACGCCCUUUUGGACGCGAUUUGUGCAGCUGGUUCUUAUCUAUGUUUCGUGCAUGUUUCGAUGUUUUCAACUUAAAAAUAGUAGUAAAGAAUAGAAUGCAAAAGAAGAAAAAAUCAUUAUAAAUAAUCACUCGAACGAUUCUGAGAAAGAAAGCUAUUCUUCUGGUGCAUCCACGGUCUUUGUGGCAUGCUUGUUGUGAACAGAAAAACAUCGGAAAAAAGAUGUUUCUUCCUAGUUCACGGUUACUGUCCAUGAGUCUCCGAGUCAUCUUCCAAAGGGGAAAAUGUAUGAAAAACCAUAUUUUCUUCUGUCGCAACUCGCCAGAUUUUGUAUACGAGUUUGUCUAUUCCCAUACCAAACUAUUGCACUUUUAGAAGGAUUGCCGUUCACGAAAACGAAAGAAACAUUCCAAAGCAUCGCUUGUCAUGUAUUUAGAAUCACGCAACAAACUAUCACUUGGUUUUAUCGAGAAGCGCAUUAAGGUCAACGCUUCUUACUAGCUUUACGAUCAUAUUGGAAGGUUAACGAACCAGGAAUGGUUCGCGUUAACCCCUCCACUUGACUACUUUGAAACGGCAUUUCAAUAAACAUUCCGAUUGAAAUCAAAUGCCCAAGAAAGCUGGAAGUGUCCAUGCUGCUUGCGAUUUUAAACGUACAAUGAUGUUAUUAGAAACAUAUAAGGUCUUGAAUUUAAAAGUAUGAGCAUAUAUACUGGACAACAUUGUACAGUAUCGUUAUAGUGACUUUAUUUUCUUCGCCAAAAUGUUUAUUGAACUAUGAAUAACUUUGCGUAAUGCAUAACAUUCAAAGGGAGAUAGCGCUUUAUUAAGUGACUAAAAAUCUUGAUUUAGAACACUCUACGGGCGUUUUCCCUUCUCCGAACCCUAGGCUUAUGCGUUCAGAUUCUAAAUGAAACACACGAUCUUUAAGCCGCAGCCGUGCGAUCACAAAACAUCUUUCUGCUUCUUUUGAUCAUGUAUCGCGAGAACGGUGGUGAAGGAGAGGUCCGCAUCGUCGUACGAUGUAAUAGGGGGCCCCAACGACACGCAUGGUAGCUGCUGCGCCCGCCAGUCAGCCAGUCAGUCAGUCAAUCAUUCGAUACUCACAGCCACAUCGGUUAUCGGGCAUUGAUAAGAUAGAUUGGUGCUAGGUGGAGAUAACUCUCUAGCAAGCUGGCUAGCAACUACUGCGUCCUCAUGGUAAUUCAAUGAGUGAGAAACUCAGCGAGAAAGGGCUUAAAGCGAUCACUAGGUGUAGAUCACGUUGCAGUGGAGUGUUCUGUACCUCGUCCGGGGGGGUGUUUCAGUGUAGGACGUAAGGGCUCAUUUGCAUGCCGGGGACUCCAACUUUAUCUGUGAGAUUCCGGCUAUCGUGUACUUAUUAUUAUAACAAACAAUAAAGGAUGCUGCUAAUAUGAAGCCACAUCAGAGAAAACAUA